CAACCAAGUGGAUAAGGCAAGAAAAAAGGUUGACACUGAUCUUUCUAAAAUCCACGGUAUUAAAUGCAAUUACCAAACGUGAAGAAAAAGAUCUGAUUCCUGGCUGAGGAAAUUUAGCUAUUACUUUCAUGAAAAUCUCAAAAUGCUCAGCCAUGCGUUUGCUGAAUUAAGCAUUAUCCACUCGGGACUCAUGAAAAAUUGGUCAAUAGCCACAUCCUCCACAAAGUUGCUACGCUUUUAUAAAGCAAAUUCCUCUUUGAUACCUGUGCCAUGUACAGAACUGUAGUCGAUUAGCUUCAUGGAUUCCAUAAGCACCCCGUUCUGCUUCCCGGAAGCCAUGGAUAAGAGCUGGUUCCAGACAAACAUCCUCAUCACAUGCUCAUCCCCGGAACCAAUUCCAAACUGCAAUCCACAAAAGCCGAGAUUUAAGAACAGGAGGCCAGCAAAAUUGAGUGUUGCUGCAGGCCAGCCUUGUUUAAGCCCGCAAGAAGCGCAGUCGUGCCCUGCUUCGAGCUGCAACUUGGACGGGAGAGCGAUGAAGGAACUGAGGAGACAGAAGAGCCUGAGUGAGCUGGAGAAGUAUGAAGUGAAAGGGUUUAUGGAUCUGGGCUUUGUGUUCCGCAAGGAGGAACUGAGCUUGGAGAUCAUGAGCAUGAUACCAGGGCUACACAGACCGGAGGCAAUGGACGAGGAAAGCUGCAGAGAGGAAGAGGAGGGUAAAGGGAGGCCGUAUCUUUCGGAAGUCAGGUCGAGCAAUGAACGCAGAUCAGGGUUCUCGGUGAUCAGUGUUCCAGUCUUUGGAACUGACAUGAAGAAACAGCUACGUUCAUGGGCAAAGGAGGUGGCUGCCUCUAUCCACCGCCAUGAUAAUGAUUAUGCCAAAUAAGUGCCAUUGUGCCAAGCGGCUGUGUUAAUUUCAUGAUAUAUUUUAUAAAUGUUCAUAGAUAUAUGAAAAUAAAAAUAAACUAUUUUUUUGGUAUUAUAUUUGUCCUUUAU